CGGCUUUUAAAACAGGGCCCGAGGGGCCUUGAACCAGCUGAUUAGUUUGCAAAUUUGCCAUCAACAGCUCGCCAUCCGUAGUUACAGCGGCAAACAAUUCUGCAAGCGCGGGGUUUGGAGCCAGAGCUCGGAGCCUGGCACCAUUCAAAGCAAGAGUAAGGGCUGAUUGUGAGUUGCCUUGCAUCAACGCCGCUACUUCGUAUGCAAUCAAGCCACUGCCAUCUGCAGCAGCUACAACAAGUACAUUCUCAUCUGCGGAGAAUGCCACAUGCGACACUUUUUGUGGGAGCGAAAUUUGUAGUUGCGGUUGAAAGGGCCUAAUAUUACUGUCUCCAGUCGCAUCGGCGGUAUAAGCCUUUCUGACAGCAUCUGUGCUUGCUACUACAAGACCUUCAGGCCCAGCAGCCGCGAGCAGGCCUUUUACAGAUGCUACGCUCAACAAAGAGCAAGUGGGGGGAGGAAGAGCGUCGUUUGGCCAUGGCGUGGGGAGAAGUCUGACUUUCGAGUCUCCAGCGAUGGAGAGGAAGCCAACUUCCUAUUUAACAUUGAAAAAAGAACAAAAAGGUAAAAGGAAGGUAAAUCUUAGGUACACCAUACCUGAGUCUGGAUUUCCUGUAGCUCAGGGCCGAGUUGAACGUUUCCCGCCUGGGUGCUGCCAAAGCCUGCGGCUGGCUGAGAGGAGGAAAAGGCCAUUUUCAAGAUUUCGAAGUCGGAGGAGACUGCGCGGUGUUUAGAGUCUAAUGAAUACCUGGGCUUUGGGGCAUUGAGAGCGGGUGUUUGGGCAGCACGGAGAUUUGCAAAGGAGCGUCGAUGGAGUGCACCAGGACUCCUGUUAAAGAGCUGGAGAGUUGGUCCGAAAAUCUUGCUGGCGCGCUCCCAGAGGAGGGGAAAAAAGAAGAAGAGAAGCUGAGUGAGAGGGACAAGGCAUUCAGACCAUAGCCAGUCUCACGCCUGGUGGGAGAGAAGAGGCGCAAGAAGAUAUUUAUCUAUCCAGCAACUAGCAACCAGAGUUAAUGUUUUUUGUUUGAUGUUUGGCGGUUGACGCUGAUUGGGCACGUGAAGGUCUCGGCGCAGGCAGCUCUAGCUUCGUCACUUCAACAUCGACGCCGCAUCACAUCUCUGUUCAACGAUACCCAACUAUACCCCUAGCUACCAGCUCUCAACUCAGUCUUGUGCCUAUUUAUUCUACCUGGCUUGCUGGAGAUACUCUGCUGCGAUAACCUUUGCUUUCCGUAUUUUAUCCCUCUAAAACAGAACCGCCAGAUACCUGCUGCCGCUGCCGGUUGAGCCUCCAACCUCACCAUGCCAGGCUUCGAUUUCUCCAAUUACAACCGGAAUGCAGCUCUCCAUGCAAAGGGCGUGCCUCUUCCAAAGGCUACGAGCACAGGUACUACUAUUGUUGGAUGCAUCUUUGAUGGUGGUGUGGUGAUUGCAGCUGAUACACGAGCUACUAGCGGUCCCAUCGUUGCUGACAAGAACUGUGAAAAACUCCACUACAUCAGCCCGAAAAUCUGGUGUGCUGGCGCCGGUACAGCGGCAGAUACCGAAUUCACCACCGCCCUCAUCAGCUCCAAUCUCGAACUCCAUGCUCUCUCCACAGGCCGGGCCCCGCGCGUCGUCACCUGCAUGACCAUGCUCAAACAGCACCUAUUCCGACACCAGGGCUACAUUGGCGCUUAUCUCGUCGUCGCCGGCGUUGAUCCUACUGGUGUCGGCCUCUUCACCGUCCACGCCCACGGUUCCACUGACAAAUUGCCCUACGUGACGAUGGGCUCCGGUUCCCUCGCAGCCAUGUCUGUGUUUGAAACGAUGUGGAGGCCGUCGCUGAACAGGGAUGACGCCGUGAAACUGUGUUCGGAGGCGAUUAAGGCGGGUAUUUUUAACGACUUGGGCUCUGGAAGUAAUGUGGAUGUGUGCGUAAUCUACCAGGAUAAGCCGACACAGCUGUUGAGGAAUUACAUUAAACCCAACGAGAGGGGCCAGAAGGAGAGGACUUAUCGGUUCGCUAAGGGGACGACGGCAUGGUUGGAUGAGAAGGUUAUUACUAAGGCAGAUAUCGGGAGAUAUAUUACCGUGGAGGAUCUUGGGAGUGAAGGGACUGUUGUUGCUGAGAAGAUGGAGGUGGAUUCUUAAUCGUACCCUUGGUUCUAUAUGAUUUUUUUUAAACCUCACAGCGCUGUUAGUCUCUUUUUAUAUGUUAUUCCUAGACGAAGAUGCUCUUCUUUUUUAUAUUCGGGUUGCGUGUUUACAGGGUUGAUUUUUGCCCAGUUUUAUUCGCCUACGUGGUAGGUGUUUGAUGUAAAGUGGCGGAAAAUUCCACAUAGACGAGUGUGUAUGUCAACAUCCAACUGUAAAAUAUAAUUGCUGCCUCUCUAUGGAAUGUAGCCAUAAAUCUACCUAGGUUGAUCCGCUCCGGGAACUUAUACAACUCAAAUACCCACUCAUGCUCAGGCCAGUUCCGCAUCCAAAAGCGCAUUUGCAACAGCAGUGCCUUCUGCC